AUGAUCCUUACAUCAGACGAUGUACGAUAUCUUGGAAACGAUAAACAAAUUCCAAUAGAAUGGGGUAAUGAAACAAGUAUACUUGAUUACUGGAUACAAGAUUUACCAUUAAAAGUUACAACUCACGGAUGGCUUUCAUCAGGCGAAAACUACACUGGAGUAUUUACCAUUAACAACGCAUAUGUCGACAUCGGUGGGUUCAAUGUGAUCUGUGUGGAUUGGAGUAGUAUUGCAGAUGAUCCUAUGUAUCCAGUUCCUGCAUCCUUGACUAGAGCCGUCGGUUCUGCAAUAGCUGCAUUUUUGGACCGUUUGGUGGAUUCCACAGGAAUAAAUCCAUCAGACAUACAUUUAAUAGGCCACAGUCUUGGUGCCCACGUUGUAGGAUCGUGUGGUUCUAAUUUUAAAUCGGGAAUAAUCGGCAGGAUUACGGGUUUAGAUCCAGCCGCACCCGGAUACGAGAUCAUACCCGUUCAUUUACCACACUUGAGCAAAAACGAUGCCCGAUUUGUCGACAUUAUCCACACUUCAGGAGGUACUAUUGGCUACCAUAAAAGUAUCGGCCACGCUGACUUCUUCCCCAACUCCGGAUCAGCGCCUCAACCAGGAUGCUUUUCAUUAUUCAAAUUACUAGAUUUUAUGCAUUGUAGCCAUUCAAGAUCGUAUGAACUUUAUGCAAACUCCGUGUACAAUUCUUUAGUUGCGAUAAAAUGUCCCUCGUGGGAUGAUUAUAAAUCCAACAAGUGUGACAAUAACACUCUUGAGUUUAUGGGACACAACACAUCACCAAGUGCAAGAGGUAAUUUCUUCUCGAAGACUGGAAGCACCCCACCUUAUAAUACUAAUGUAUAA